GUCCGUGCAAUGGAUCUACAGCUGCUGGAACAUCGGGUGCGAGUAACUAGCAUCGAUAAGUCCGGCCUGUGGUUCUACACCCACCCGCUCGUCAAACUGCUGUUCCUGAGGCAGCGCAGCAGAUGCAAGUUCUUCAGCUUGACAGAAACACCUGAAGAUUACACGCUGAUGCUUGAUGAGGAAGGCUUUGAAGAGCUGCCCCCAUCUGAGUUCCUCCAUGUAGCAGAAAACACGUGGCGGGUCCUGAAUGUGUUGUCAAGUGGCUGCUCUUCCAAUGGACUCCAGACUGUGGGAGUUACAAAAAUUGCCAAGUCGGUGAUUGCACCCUUAGCUGAGCACAAUGUGUCUGUGUUAAUGCUCUCCACGUACCAAACUGACUACAUUCUGGUGCGGGAGGACGACCUGCCUGUGGUCUUUCAAACAUUACUGGGAGACCUAAGCAUCUACAAAGAGGAGAAUGGAAUCCUGGUGCCAGUGAAGCCCACUGAGGUCAAGAAUGGCUUAAAGGCCAGGACAUUAUUUAAUCUGACUGUGCAUCCUGUGCAGAGCCCCCAGAACCGAUUCUGCAUCUUGACGAUGGAUCCAGAUACCCUUCCAUCCGUUUCCACCAUUCUGUUGGACGUGCUGUUCUAUUCCCAUCCUCUCCAAAAAGACACUGUCAGCGGUUCCCAGGAUCUGGGCAUCUUUCACUUUUUUGCCUUCUCCUUGAUAGAUGGGUAUAUUUCAAUAGUCAUGGACACAGAGACACAGGAGAAAUUUCCCACUGACCUGCUUUUAACCAGUUCAUCUGGGGAACUUUGGAGGAUGGUGAGAAUUGGUGGACAGCCCCUUGGUUUUGAUGAGUGUGGAAUAGUUGCACAAAUCGCUGGACCUUUGGCAGCUGCAGACAUAAGUGCCUAUUACAUCAGUUCAUACAACUUUGACCAUGCACUGGUGCCAGAAGAAGACAUUGAGAGUGUCAUCAGUUUAUUGCAUCAACGUCAGGAAGUUAAAACCUAAGCUAAGUCUUUCCAGAUCCUCCAUGUUUUUAACUGUUUCUACAGGUGAAAACCAGGAAAUGUUUCAGGAAUGGGCACUAUUGGCACACUCCAGGAUUUUUUUGUUUGUUGCUUUUUUUUUUUUUUUUUUUUUUUUUUUUUUAAAAAGAAACCUGUGGCACAGCACUUUCUGACACAGCGAUGAUGUCGUACUUUAGAUUUUUGCAUAAGAACUACCCAAACAGGCACUGCCAAGAAAGAGAACUUGAAUUUAAUAACACUAUUCGCCUGGGCGAGUGGUUUGUAUUCAGUGUUGCAAUAAAUGAGUGGUUGCUGUCUAAAGCAGCUGCAGUGCUAACCAUUUCCUGGAACAAUACACUACAAUGUGAAAUAAAGCAGCACAACCUGACAAAUUAAAUGCAAAGGCAUUGCAAGUGGAUGCAAAAAAGAUGCAAAGAGGGGAAUAUGAGGCAGUUUGUGACCCUUGUGUCUGUUCUGCAUUCUAAGUUCAUUUAUUAGAUGUAUAUAGCAUAACAAAACACUAUAUUGGAGUCUUCUGAGCAGAUUGCUGAGUGCCAUCAUGUUUGCGUUAUAUAAGGUGUACCAUUUAUUUAAUCAUUUUCUUCAGUUUAGUUUGCUCUUAAUGCUGUUAUAAACAGGUUGACUGUGGAAGGAAAUAGGGAUGUAGACAAGCAGAGCUGGAACCUGAAUCAUUUGCACUGUGUCUCAGGGAAUUUCAAAGGCUUCUUUACUUUUUAAAUGAAUUGGAUAGAAUAGCCAUUUUGAUUUAUCAAAGGAAUAGGCAAAGCAGACUACUUCUGAUUAUAAAUGUUUGUUUUUUAAAAAAAGAAAAACCCUGGCCUGCUUAUAUAGCUAUAUCUUAGUGCAGCUUCUGAUGUUAUGCUAAAAAAUUGACUAUGCUUAACAUUAUUUAUUCUGUCCUGAGUUAUGUUUAAAUUUGUGUUUUAUUUUAUUAUAGUACCUGUAUGUAUCCCGCUGUGUAAUGCUGUUAAUGUAGAUAUUAUUGCUUUUAUUAUUACUUUUUCACCAAUGGUUCCUAAGUUUCUAUCCUUAAAGGGGUUGUUCACCUUCCAACACUUUUUCCAGUUUAGUUGUUUUCAGAUUCACCAGAAAUAAAGACUUUUUGCAAUUACUUUCUAAUUUCUAUUUGUGAUCGUUUUUCUUAUACUGAAGUGUAAAGUUUCAUUUUUCACUUUCUAAAGCAGCUCUGGGAUGGGAGGUCACUACUCUUUAGGGUUGGGGCAGACGGGCAGAUAUGGGGAGAUUUAGUCGCCUGACGACUAAUCGCCUCUUCUGCGUGGCGAAAAUCUCCCUGAACUGCCUUUCGUCUGCUUGAAUGAAGAAUCACCUGUGCUAAUGCACUCACUGCGCUUUGAUUUACGAAGUUUCCUUGUGAAGCAGAAGAGGCGAUAAGUCGCCAGGCAAACAAAUCUCCCAGAAUCUGCCCCAACCCUAAACUGUUCUAAAUUGAUACAUUUAGUUGAUACAUUUGUUAUCUUUGUCCCAAGGCAACUGUUAGAAUUGAUACAAUUCUUGCUAAUAUUCUAAAGACACUGCUGAUAAAUGUAGCCACUAAAUGUAUCCAGUUGAAACAGUUCAGAAUCUGCACCUGACUUACUGAGCUGCCAGAAUGAAACACCAGAGACAGGACCAAUAAAACUUCAAUUUUGGAAAAACAAUAAAAAAUUUAAAGAAAUUGAAAAAAGGCUUUAUAUUGGUGAACAAUCUGAGAACAAAUCAACUGGAAAAAGUGUUUAGAAGGUGAACAACCCCCUUUAAAAUACGCCAACAGGUAAGCUCCUUGGAGAGCCCUACGUUCACUAGUAAUUUGAGGUGUUGGAGUUUCCUUAUAGCAGACCCAUAUAUAAGAGUUAUCCGUUCCCAUUGCAUUGUAUCAGCUAUGUACUUAUGAAGGGGUUGUUAUUGACAAGCAUACUGGCCAGUAGCGUUGUGGAAAUAGCCUGCUGGCCAAUAGACUUGCAAUGAUAUUUCAAAUGACCUGUUAUGAUGAUGAUGUUCUCUCUGUCAUGGUAUGAUUUCUGGCAUGAAUGGGAACUGCUGACAUUUGUGACGUUUACCAGUGUUUGCUUCAGAAGUGAAUUGGCUCAGUUAGAGCUAUUGAUAGGAUCUCUGCAACAAAAAGGAACAGAUGACAAUCCAGUUGAGCAGAAACUGAAGUCUUUUAUGCAACUUUUGAUCUAUGUGGAUUAAUUAAAAUGGUUCUUUAAAUCUGAA